CUGCCGGGCCGGGCAGGGCCGUGCCUUGGCGGGGUGGUUUGUGGGCGCUGGGACAAGGGCUGUAAGAGGGGCUGUGGUGUCCCCGGUAGCACGAAGGAGAACCUCCCACCCCGAGCCGCGCUACGGGCACCGCCUCCAGUGCCGCGGGGCUCUUCUGAUAUCGGUGCUUCGGUGUUGUGCCAAGUCACCCCCGAUGUCAUUUGGUCGGCAGCGGCUGAACAUGAGCCAGCAGUGUGCCCGGGUGGCCGAGAAGGGCAAUGGCAUCCUGGCCUGUAUCAGCUGUAUCAGCAGGACCCGGGCAGUGACUGCCCCCUGUACACGGUGGCACGGAAAGAAAUUUUGGUAUGACAGCCCUACCCUGGGAUCUAAAAUGAUGUAUAAACCAACCAAGUUGGACACCCUAAUGAAAAAUGAGCAGACAAAAACUAGGAGAGAAGAUAACAUACGCUGCAGAGUCUUGAAUGGUCUUAUUCAUAAAGCUAUGUCACAGAUGGUGACUACCUGUGAAGUCAGUCAAGAAUUUUAUGAUCUCAAGCUGGAAAUCUGCAAGGUGUCCCUGUCAUCAAACUUUUCAGCAUGUCGUGUGUACUGGAAUCCUGCUGCUACUAUGGAGAAAGAAAGCUAUGUGGAAAGUGUGCUGCAGAAGAGCGCUCCACGUAUACGGUAUCUUCUGAAGAGUCAGCAAAUUCUAGGAAAUGCACCCCCAAUAAUAUUUAUAAAAGACAAAGAAGCUGCAGCUGUGAAAGAGAUUGAGGACUUAUUGGCAAUUGCUGAUUUUGGACCUCCUGAAGAAGAAGAAGAAAUAUUUGAAAAUGAUUCAAGUAAACUGUUCUCUUCAGCAACUCAAUCUUCAGAGCCACCCAUGCGGUCUAAUCUGUUUGGUAUUGACCAUGAACUGCUGAAUAAACAGAUAAUGGACUAUAAAAGACUGAAAGUGUCAAGACAUAUAGAAAGUAUUCCCUGGACAGAAGAGCAGGAGCAGCAGCUUUCUAAGAUUCGGAAGAAAAUGAAAAAGAGAAAACCAAAGAAUCCUGAUGAUGACGACAUUACACCACAGAAAUACUUACUGGACAAAUAUGACGCUGAUUACUGGGAUGAUAACACUGAAUCGGUCUCAGACUAUGAGUUGGAGGAAGAGGUAAAGGAAUUGGAGAUGGAUGACGGCAAACAUUUAAGUCAUCCUGCUGAUAAACUAAAAUGAAGUGAAAAAGCCACUCCCUUCAAAAUGGAGGAUACCAAUAGCAAAAGAAAAAGACUGCCAUAGAUACUGAAAGGUUGUUUACCUGUUUACCACUUCCAUAUGUAAGAAAACCAAAAAUGCCAUUUGUGGCAUUCUGUUAAGCACCUUUCAAGCUGCUACAGUUGUGGAACUUUGAACAAGAGAGCAGUUUUAUAAUAAAAUACACCAAUUGCAGCACUGAGGUAAAACUUCUUGCAGUUG